AUGAGUCUCUCGCAUGUGUCAUAUCAAGCGGUGCAGGACUCCGCAGCAAAACAUCUUGAAGAAUUAAGUCAAAUGGCUGAACAACUUAGCAGCGCACAGGAUCGGGUUUCUUGUUUGGAACGGGAACGACAAGAACUAUUAGGUUUGCUUCCGGAAUCAGUCGGCACAUCUCUCACCGAAUUGGCAGUGGCUUGGAACCGCCUUCACGAUGAACAUUUAGAGUUGAAACGUCGUCUUCAGGAUUCUGUUCCAUCUGAAGAUCAUCGUUAUCUAGAGAAACUCGUGUCUGCAUUACGUUCGGAUCUAUCUGAUCGAGAUAAAAUUAUUGAUCAGACGGAAAGCAAACUGAAUCACUUCUUGAAUGAAUUUCGGGAACUGGGUAUGUAUUGUGAGUCCGGUGAUUUUUGUGACUGUGUGGACGCUUGUUUUUCGGAACUCGUGUCCACGCGCACUGCGUUAAAAGAAUUGAGGCAAGAAAAAUGUGAAUUCACAAAAAAAUUGGAAGAAACCGUAUCCAAGGUAGAUUUUGCCGACAUUCAGCACCGAUUUAGUCUGCUCCAAUCUGAAUUUGAAUCUGUGAGUGCUCAGUUGGCGGUCCGUGAUGAUCGUUUGAACCAAAUCGAACAGUUGCUCCUAACAGAAUUCCCGGAACAAUCUGAGCAACCAGGUUUAACAAUCACUGAGCUUUUGGUAGCUGAGUUGCAUGAGCUACGUGACGCGGUGGAUCAACUAACUCAUGAGCAACAAGUCGCCUAUUCCUUACUUCGGGAAAUUUCAUCAGUUCCCGAUCCCGGCACUCUUACGGGGUUUGUUGAAGUCAUCAGACAGAAGUGGAAAUCCAUUGGAAGCGAUUUGGCUCGAGAGGUUGCUGAGAAGGAGCAAGCACUGGAUUUACUGCGCAGUAUGAAUCUGGCUACCGUACACGAUCCGAACACACUGUGUGGCUACGUACAAGCUUGCCUAACCUGUCUGACCGAGAAACAGGAUGAGAUUAACCGGUUGGGUCUAUUAUGUGAGCAAACGGAAGAAUCUCUGCGCCAAACGGUUCCCAUUAACGAUUUCGAAGUUCUGAAACUGGAACUUGACCGUGUAAAUGAAGAGCUCGCCGAUGCCAAAAAUGAACUUCGCUCUGUUGAAUCCCAUUUGGACGACGUAAUGAAGUCUUGGGUACCAUGCGAGACCUAUAAAAGUAAGAAUGAACGCGUACAGUUUUUGGAGCAAGAGUUAGCGGAUAUUCAGAGUAAAAAUACUGUAUACGAUAAAGAACGAGCUGAAAUUAUUGCCAUGGUUGCGGCAAAGACGGCUCGUACAUUGACGGCAGAGAAUUGGGUUGAACAAAUAGGGCACAUUUGUGAUGAAUUCUCAGCAAUCACAUCGUCCAUGAAUCGACUGCAUUCCGAAUAUGAGCUUGUCCUCUCUGAAUGCCAGAAACUUAGGGAUCAAGUAGCCAAAAUGAUGGAGGAAAUGGAAGAGAACUCUUCCCAAGCUCAGCGAGAUCACGAAGCAGCCUUGACCGCGCUCCGUGAGUCAUUAAACUUAGAUUUCACUAGCAAACUCGAAGCCAUUACCACCGAACAUAACCAAUCCAAUACUCGUCUUGUUGAGGAGCUGGAAUCCACUCGAAGUCAACAGGAGCAGCUCAGUGCAAAACUUAGUCAACGUGAAGGAGAGUUGCAAAAGAUCGGCGAAAAGUUGCAUGAGGCUGAGCGGGAAAUUGGUCAUUUACGUGACUCGAUUGCUCUACAUAUUGAAUCGGCAAAAGCGUCCUCAGAAACAGCCAAAGCUCAAGAGCGUCGUGCGAAUGAGUUGGCGUCGCAUUUGGAGUGCUUACGUGAGGAACACCGUAAAUGUCCUGCUCAGUUAGAGUUGAUCAAUGCACAAACGUCACCCGUUGUGAUGUCUGCUACCGGUGAUGAAAUGGAUGCUGUUGCUACUCUGCGCCCAGCUUCAGUUGAACUCAACCAAACGCGAAUUCGUAAAUACGGCGAGUUAAAGGCAGUGGCAUUUGAAAUUAAGGAGAAGCUCGUUAGACGGACUGACAAGUUGGAGUCAGCCCUUACUGAGGUUGCCCGUCUAAGAAGUGUUAUUCAGCAAGAUAAAGAACACGCGAGCAGAAUUCUGGAAGAGGUCGAAGAUCUUCGAAAACAGGCGAUUCGAAAGAACAAACGAAUUCACGCAUUGGAAGCGGAACUUGCCCAGUUGAAGGCCACCAGGGCUAAUGGACAACCUGUAUCUAGUGCACGUCAUACACGAUCUUCCGCACGAACACUUUCCGAAGUGGAGCAACCUCGUGGCGCUCAAUAUCGGUCCACUGUGCCUCCGUCGACACAUCUCACUCCAAACCCGAUGUUGAUGGGAUCCACGGCUGCAUCGCUUCUUCAGUGUCCGAACACACCCUUCAUCGAUGACACCAAUGCCGAUACUGAUUUAGUCACGCGUUCUGAUUCAACCAGUCUGCUCCUUGACAAGACCACCUCAAAUCGUGCGGAAAAACCGAAAGUCGAUCCAGUUGUGGAUGUUCGGGGUCCAGAGGUAACCGGUGGAUGCUGCAAACAAUGCGAAAAACUGCAUAGUCUAGUUUUGGGUAUGAAACGCCUCACCGCUGAGCUUCAACGGCGUGUGGAUGUCGAUUUGCGAGAGGAAUAUUCACUGUUAGCCACUUUAGACGCAUUUGAUGCCCAAUCGGCUCACUCAUCGGUGAUUCGUGACAGUUCAGAUCGACCGGUACCCGGUUUACGCUCGUUCAGCACUUCCAAUCUAGCCCAGAAUGUUUCUAUGGUUGGCCCAGUUCCGUUCUCUAUGAACAACAGUCGAGAGGAUCUUCGGUCAAUGGUCAAGUCUCUUCACCACGCUCGUUCACGACUCAAACACUAUGCAAAUGAAAUGGAUCAGAUCUGCGGUGCGGUUGUCAAAUUUUACAAUCCUUCCACUCCGUCGGAUACGGAUGCACUGUUCACACCUGGAGAUGAAUUACAAGUGUAUGUCAAGCGCUCCUUGGAGUUGUUAUUGCGAAUUCAUCGUCGAACUAAAGCUUUCUUCAGAGGUCUUGAGGUUACUGACGAUGUCACUGCACGCGAGGUGAUUGCAGAUCUGCGCAGUGUGAUUAAAAUGCUUAACCUAGGGAGCGGUGCAUCACCGUCAUCUACUGACCGUUCACCACAUUUGGAUUCUACUGGUGAUAAAGAAAAUGACCCAGGCUCGCUAGUUGCGCCCAGAUCAAAAGAGCGGAAGCCAAAUUCUCAUGCAAAACGGUAUUAUCAGCGGUAUCGUGAUUUGGCCCAAGGAUUGGACACAAUGACCAAGGAGUGUAAGCGUUAUUCUUAG